AGCAAAUAUCGUGGCAUUGAGUGUAGUACCACACACAUUAGAAGUGUUGAUAAUGGAUCUUGAGAAUGAGAAGAAUGACAUUGGCAGGGACAGCAUUGCACUAUGGGUGUUGAAUCCUCCAGAGCCACCAUGUAUGCUGUAUCGAAUCUUGAAAAAUCUAAAGGAAGCUCAACUGGGUGUUACAUUAUUUUCUCUUAAACAUCAAAAUUCGCCCAAAAUAGUAUUCACCUUCUUGCAAGCUCUGUUUCCAAUCUUUGCUUCAUUCAAAAACUACAAUGUUCACAAAUUCAAGUCUGAUGUCUUGGGGGGUCUAAUCCUAGCAAUCUUUGCUAUUCCACAGGCUAUGGCAAAUGCGAGUUUGGCAAAUAUGAGUCCUGAGUAUGGCCUAUAUACUAGUAUUGUUCCACCUCUUGUUUAUGCUUUGAUAUCGAGUUCAAGGGAGAUAGUGAUUGGACCUGCAACUGUGGAUUCACUCUUACUUUCAUCAAUGAUUCAAACUUUGAAAGAUCCCAUUCAUGAUUCCAUUGCUUACACUCAACUUGUUUUGACUGCAACUUUCUUUACUGGUGUCUUUCAAGUUGCUUUCGGAUUCUUCAGGUUUGGGUUUCUAGUAGAUUAUCUUUCUGAUGCUACAAUGGUGGGGUUCUUGCAAGCAGUUGCGAUAGGCAUUGUACUACAACAAUUGAAAGGAUUAUUUGGGAUUGUCAACUUUACUAGCAAGAGUGAUUUAUUCUCUGUGAUUAAAUCUCUUUGGACAUCCUACAAAAACAAAUCAAAGUGGCAUCCUUGCAAUUUUAUUAUUGGAUUCUCAUUUUUGUCUUUCAUCCUAUUUACCAGACUCCUGGGGAGAAGGAAAAAGAAACUUGUGUGGCUGUCACAUAUUGCUCCUAUUCUUUCAUUCAUUAUAUCCUCUGCUAUUGCAUAUAAAGUAAAUGUUCAUGAACUAAAAAUUGAGGACUACAAAAUUGAAGUCUUAGGACCAAUCAAAGGAGGUAGCUUGAAUCCAAACUCAAUCAACCAAUUACAACUUGAUAGUAAUGGUAAAUAUUUGGGUCCUUUGAUCAAAAUAGGGUUGACUGUUGCUAUUAUUUCAACCACGCAAUGUGUAGCUGUUGGCAGAUUAUUUGCAUCUCUAAGAGGUUACAAAAUUGAUCCAAACAGAGAAGUUCUAUCCUUAGGCAUAAUGAACAUAAUUGGAUCUUUCACUUCUUGCUACGUUGGAUCAGGUUCUAUUGCACGUACUGCUGUAAAUUAUAAUGCUGGCUCUCAAACAAUGGUGUCAAGCAUAGUGAUGGCACUCACGGUGUUGCUGUCAAUUAAAUUUUUGACAGGACUUUUAUAUUUCACUCCCAAAGCAAUGCUAGCAGCAAUAAUUCUUUCAGCUGUACCAGGACUCAUUGACAUUAAGAAAGUAUAUGACAUUUGGAAAGUUGAUAAAUUAGAUUUCCUUGCUUGCUCUGGUGCCUUUUUAGGAGUGUUGUUUUUAUCUGUUCCAAUGGGCCUUGCAAUUGGGACUAUGAUAUCAUUUGCAAAAAUACUUUUGAUAUCAAUUCAACCUAGUAUAGCGGUUUUUGGAAGGAUUCCAGGAAGUGAGGCAUUUGGUGAUGUAGAACAAUAUCCAAUGGCGAUUAACAUGCCUGGAGUUUUGGUUGUCUCUGUAAAAUCUGCUUGGCUUUGUUUUACAAAUGCAAGUCCUAUUAGGGAAAGGAUCGAGAGAUGGGUGAUUGAUGGAGAAGAUGAAAAUAGUAAAGGAGAAAGAAGUAUCAAAGUUGUCAUUAUUGAUACAUCAAGUCUUGUGAGUAUUGACACAGCGGGAAUAGCUUCUCUGGUGGAGCUGAAUCAAAAUCUUACUUUACGUGGAGUCACGUUAUCCAUCGCUAACCCAAGAUGGCAAGUAAUUCAUAAACUGAGAUUGGCUAACUUUGUGAGCGAAAUUGGAGGAAGGGUUUUCCUGUCUGUGGGAGAAGCUAUAGAUGCAAUACUUGCUGCUAAAAUGGAAGCUUGACCACAAGUAUAGACAGGCCCAGGCCCAUGGACAGCCCACAAGGCCUUUCCCAAGGGGCGUGUUUAUUUGUUUUUAAAGUUGGAUUUUGGAAAGAGAAACAACAAAAAUAUAUUAAAAAAGGCUGCCAAAAAAUUAAAGGAAAAGGGCACCACAAAUGAAAAACAAUGUGAACCGAAAACCAAAAUGAAUACAUAAUUUUUUUAUUUUACCAUUUUA